UUAAAUUAUAACCUCAAAAUAUGCCUAAAUACUAUUGCGAUUACUGUGACACUUACUUAACCCACGACUCGCCUAGUGUUAGAAAAACUCAUUGUACGGGCAGAAAGCACAAGGAUAAUGUAAAAUUUUACUACCAAAAAUGGAUGGAAGAACAGGCCCAACAUUUAAUUGAUGCCACAACUGCUGCUUUUAAAGCAGGUAAAAUUGCUAAUAAUCCGUUUGCCCAGCCUGGCAAAGGAGUUGCAAUACCGCCGCCUGCACAGUUAAUGGGUCAAAGGCCCGGCGCACCUCCUGCACCUGGCAUGAUGCCUCCUGGGCCCAUGGGACCUGGUGGGCAAAUGCCGCCCAUGAUGAUGGGUCCACAUGGACCAAUGCCUCCAAUGAUGGGCAUGCGACCUCCUAUGAUGGGAAUGAUGCCCAUGGGUCCGAUGGGGCCUAUUACUCCAGCUGUACGGUCUCAACACUAGGCAAAUUAUUUUUGUGUGUAAUUUAAUAU